AUGGCGUGCGCGGGCGCCUGCUACGCCAACGCGUCGCGCUGGUCGCCGGUCGCACUCACUCACGGCGACCGGAGAGUGAGCAGCCCGCUCGCGUGCCGAGAGCUGUGCCAGCUGACGCCGGGCUGUGAGGUCUGGACGCACGCUGCGCGCGGCGACACGCGCUGCCUCCUGAUGGGCGCUCUCGGCGCCGACGAGCCGCGUCCGGCGCCGCUCGACGAGCCGGCCGGCGAGGCGGGCUUUUCGUCUGGGGCGCGCGCGUGCGGCUCGCGGCUGGGCGUGCGGUUUCCGACCGGGCUGCUCGCCGACUCGGCAGCGGUGGACGCCGCGCGGCGAGCCGUCGCCCUCGCAGCGAGCGGCAGGCCGUGCCACGCGGCAGGGUUCGUGUACGGCGGAGGCCUCCGGAGCUGCGCGAGGAGCGAGCGCACCGCAGUGGUCGCGCAGGCGUCCGUCCUGGCGCGAGGCGUCGACGAGGGGUGGUACAUGGCUCUCGCCAACGCGCUGCAGCCGGGCCUCCUUCUCCACACGGACCUGCGCGUCACUGCGGAGAAGGCCGACCUCGCAGCCCCCCCCCCCCCCCCCCAGAGCCGCUUCUCGCCCGCCCACGUCUCGACCCUCACCCUCGCCUCGCUGGGAGGCGGCGGCGAGGAGGGCACGCUGCGCGCAAAGCGCGGCCUCGCGGCGGACGAGUACGCCUCGCUCCUCGCGGCGGCGGACCGCGGCGGCAGCGGCGCAGUCCGCCUGACGUUUGUGCUUUGCAAGUACUGGACGGGCGGCGCCGCGCUGGCAAAGGCGAUCGGGAGGGUCGGCCUCGCGUACGACUACUGUGGCAUGAACAUGUGGUGCGACGAGCGGCAAGACUUGCUCAAGCUCGGGCCCGCGCCGAUGAAGGACGCCUUCGUCGCCGAGCUGCGCGCGUUUCUGCGCGAGGCGGACGCCGCGCUCUGCGGCGGCGGCGGGGCGGGAGGUGGAGGUGGCGGCCUGCCUCUCCCCUGCACGGUCUUCGUUGGCACGCUGACGGCGCUGCCCCACUACUGGAGCUUCGAGCGCAUCGCAGCUAUCAACGCGGCCGUGGCGGACGUGUACGGCCUCGGUCUGUCGCGGCCGGACGAGGUGCUCGAGGGCCACAUGUCGCCGCUCCUCCACCUCUGGCUCGCGUGGGGGCUCCUCAACGCCCUCCCGCAGGCGCGUGCGCUGCUGCGGCUGGCCGGCUGCCCAGAGGAGGCGUCUUUCGCACCGGCGUGCAAGGCAGCCGCCGCCGUCGUCGGCGGCGCCUCGACUGUCCGCAUGGGCUGCGAGGACUGCGGGUGCGCCUUUUACGACCGCGUCUGCGCCACCGACUCGUUCGAGUGUCGGGACUUUGAGUGCGCCCAGUUCCGGCCGUGCCGAUUCGAGCGGCGAGGGCCGCAUGCCGCGGCGGCGGAGGGCGGCGAGCGCGGCGAGGGCGGCGAGGGCGGCGAGGGCGGCGAGGGCGGCGAGGGCGGCGAGGGCGGCUCCACCUCCCCUGCGGCACCGCCGUCGGCUCCCUCACUGCCGCGCUGCCCAGCGAGGCUGCUGGAGGAGGCGAGGGCGAUCGCCGAGCGGCGGAAGAGGGAGCGCGCCACGCCGCCGCCAGGUCCGAAGGAGCCGAGCCGGGAGGCGGCGUCGCGGUGGCCGGCAGGACCGUACGCGAGAGCGGGGGCCGUUGGCCUCGCGGCCGCAGCGCUGGCGCUGUGCGCGCUGCUCGGCCCGUCCGAGGCGGGCGCGCCCUCGCCUCCAGCGACCGAGCGGUCGGCGCUGGUGGGCCGCCCUCUCGCGCCGUGGCCUCGCCAAGGCAGCGGCUGGCUGCCCGGCCUCGGGGCGGCUCGCAUGCUCGCUAGCGUCCACAUCGUCCUCGGCCAUCUCUACCAGUCGCAGCGGCUCGUCCCGUCGGGCGCGCGAGACUACCUGUCAACAGACUACCUCUGCUCGUGGCGAGACUACCUCUGCUCGUGGGGCUUCUCGUGGGUCCCCUUCUUCUUCAUGCUCGCAGGCCUCGUCCUGACGCACGCGCGGCUGUCCUCCUCCAAGCAGCCAGACAGCGCGGCGGGCUUCGUCGCCAAGCGCGCCGCCACCAUCUACCCCCUGUACUCCGCCGGCCUCGCUGCGGCCCUGCUGCUCCGCGUCGGCCAGGGCAGGCAGCUCCCAGAGUGGUACGAGCUCGCCGCGCAGAGCUUCCUCGUGCAGAGCUGGCACCCGGCGCUGCCCGAGCGGACCGUGCAGGUGCACUGCUGGUUCCUCUCUGCCCUUCUCGCCUUCUGGCUCGCCUUCGGCCCCGCCUGCCGCCUCCUCGAGCGCACCGUCACGAGCCUCGAGCGCGCGUGCGCCCUCCUCCUCCUCUGCUCCUCGCUGCCCUGGCUCGCCGUCGCCUUCCCCGCCUGCCUCGGUGGCGACCCCGAGUGGUACCGCGCGCACCGGACGGGGGCGAGCGGCACUAGCCUCGACCUCGCGGUGGCUUUCCUCAAGUUCCACCCCCUGUGCUACCUCCACGUCUUUGUGUACGGCAUGUGCCUCGCCCGCACGCGCCAGCUCGCGCUCGCCGCCGACGCCGCUCGAGGCGAGUCAGGGUCGGCGCCGCUCCGCCGGCUGGUCGCUGCUGCCGCCUCCCACGGCGCCUCGGUCGGCCUCACUGGCCUGCUGCUCCUCUUCAGCCUGCCCGCGCUGCGCCCGGUCGGCUUCAAGCUCUCCGCGCGCCUGUCGGUCCUCCUCCCGCUGCAGGGCCUCCUCCUCUUCGGCCUCUGCACCUCCCACGCCGCGCCCGCCUCCGCCCUCCCGCCCGACCCGCUGGCGAGGCUCUGCAGCCGCGCGCCAGACCGCAGCCUGGGCGAGGUCGCCUACGCGCAGUACGUGGUGCACAUGCUCGUCAUCGCCGCGUGGCCCACGCCGCGGCUCGGGCUGGUCGACCUCGCCCUCUUCUUCCUCCUCCUCCUCCCCCUCUCGUACCUCUGCGCGCGCCUCAUUACGCGGCCCGCCGCGCGGCUCUGGGUGCGGCUCAGCGGCCCCGCUCGCGCCGCCGCCCCUUUCGCUGUCGCGGCGCUCCUCUGCGCCGCGGCGCAGCUCGACGCGUCGGUGCGGCAGAGGCCCUGGGCGGCGGGGCGGGGCGCCUCGCCUCCUCCGGCUUGCCCGCCGCCCGGACCGCCGCCGCCGCUGCCUCCACCCGUUGUGGUCUUGCGGCACGGCGGCGCGGUGGACGUGGCGCUCAACUGGAGCGUCGAGGGUGGCGGGUCGGAGGGCGGGCGGCGGCUCAUCAACCCGAGCCUGCUGUGGGUGGGUGGAGGGCCCAACCGCAGCCGCGCCACUCUCGUCCGCGCCGCGCGGCUCCACGGCACGGCGUGCUCCUCGCAGCGCGGGCUGUGGUCGGGGGAGGAGGUGACGCAGCUCACGACCACGUGGCACUCGGACAUCGUCCUCGAGGCGUCCGAGGCGGUGGGGAGUGCAGAGGCGUGGCACGGGUGGGAGGUGCCCUCGUGGGGCCUCUCCUCGCUCCCUCCGCUGCGGCGCGUUGUCCCUGUCGCCAGCCUGAGCGCGGCGCGGCAGGCGUGGUCGCCCCUCUGCCAGGCGGCGCCUCGGUACGUGCCCGCCAACCGGACCCUCCUCCGCUCUGUGGUCGACGGGCCGGAGGACCCGAAGCUGCUCGCCCUCGGGCCGGCGGCGAGGCGGCGGCCCUCCGCCUCUCCCGCCACGACUCCGGCCACGACUCCGGCCACGGACCCCUUCGCGCUCCUCUUCUCGAGCCGCCCGCCGACGCAGCACCGGCCGGCGUGCGAGCGCCGCUCGAGCAACGCGGACGCGGUGCCUCAGAUGUACCUGAGCGGGGACGGCGCGCGGCUCGCCUCGACAGGCCGCGGCGUCGCUGUGCGGUUGCAGUGCGGCGAGGCUCACCGGCCCGAGAAGAACUGGAUCGCCUUCACGGUGGGGUCGCAGCUGCACCUUGUGUACUCGCUCUUCCCGCACGCCGUGCUCCUCUCCCGCCUCGGCGACGGCAUGUGCGAGAGGCUCUGGUCGACGGCCUCCUUCCCGCCUCUCAACCGCCUGGCGGGGGAAGGCUCCCUCCGAAUCCACGGCUCCGCCACGGCGGUGCGGUACAGCGACGACUCCUUCCUCGCGCUGAUGCACACGCUGGACGACGCCGGCGACUACGCCACCCUCGCCUACACCUUCGCGUCGGCGCCUCCCUUUCGAGUGACGGCCGUCUCGCGCGCGCUGCCUCUGCCCCCGACGGCCUUCCCCAGCGCGCUCUCCCUCCCGCCCACCGGCCUGCAAGACGGGAGCCGCGCCGAGAAGCUGCUCGUCGGCUACGGCGUCUCGGACGCCCAGUCGCGGCUGCUCGUCUUGUCGCGCGGCUACCUCGAGCAGCUCUUCGACUGGUGCGGCUGGGACGAGCCGACGGACAACCCCCUUCCAGGGGCGAGCCGCCCCGAGGCGCCGCGGGCGCAGGCUGCCGGUGCUGGCGGGGGGCAUGCGGGCGGCGCUGCGGACGAGAGCGCCGGCCCAUCGGCGGCCGAAGCUGCGGCGAUCAUCUCCCUCCCGUUGUGGUUCGCGCUCUGGUGCGCCGCUGCUCGCCGGCUCACGGGUGGCGAGCGGAGAGGGGCUCCGCGCCGGCUCGGCGCGCCGAGCGCGAGCGAGGAGGUCGACGCGGCGCUCGAGGCGGAGCAGCUGCAACCGCCCUCGACGCCGCACCGGCUGCGGAAAGGGCGGCGCGGCAGGGGCGGCGCGGCGAGGGUGGGAGAGAGAGCGCGGGAGAGCGGCACCGGCAACGAGGAGGCGGAGGAGAGGGGGGAGGAUGCAGAGGAGGGCGGCAUGAGCAGGAGCGGCAGAGGGCACCAGCGGCCCGGACCGCCCCCGAGGCGAGGCGCCGCCGCUGCCGCCGGCGGAGAGGGGCGCCGCCCACGGACGGCCAAGGACUCAGUCAAGGCACAGUUGGUCGAGCUUGACUGA